UGUUUCAAUUCAAAAUGAAGCAGGGGACUAUUUUCGACCGCUUGUUAUCAAUGCGACGGCGAUGGUUCCCAGAGGUGUUACUCGAAAGUUCUGGUGAUUGGUAGCAACCAUGUCCGCACGGUUUAUUCCCACGGUGAAGCUAAACAAUGGUCUCGAAAUGCCGGCUAUCGGCUUAGGUACAUCGAUGUCCAAAGGAGACGAAUGCUGCAAGGCAGUUAUGACCGCCAUCGAUGAAGGGUUCCGUCACAUCGAUACGGCCUACAACUAUCGCAAUGAAGAUGUCGUCGGGCGGGCAAUACGAGCCAAAAUUGAAGAGGGAGUCGUUACGCGCGAGGAACUUUUUGUGACGACUAAGCUGUGGAACACAUUCCACCACCCAGAUCACGUGCCGAUGGCGUUCGGAAAGUCUUUGGAACAUUUGGGCCUUGACUAUGUCGACCUUUUUCUAAUACACAUGCCUUUCGGGUACGAAUUCAACGGAUGGGAUCCGGAGAAACGCACGCCUUUGGACGACAAUGGGAAUGUGCUGUGCUCCGACGAUGACUACGUGGACACCUGGAAGGCCAUGGAGAAACUGUUGGAGAGCGGAAGGGUUCACAGCAUAGGAGUUUCGAACUUCAACAGCGAACAGCUUGAACGGAUUUUGGCGAACUGUCGGGUGAAACCUGUGACCAAUCAAGUCGAGUGUAGUGCUAGGAUUAAUCAGAAACUUUUGAUCGAGUUUUGUAUGGAAAGAGACAUAGUGGUGACGGCUCAUAGCCCUUUUGGACGACCACAUCUGUUCGAGAAGAAUCCAAAAGACAAGCCGAAACCAGUGCUCGACGAACCAGAGAUUGUUGAAAUAGGGAAGAAGUUCGAUAAAAGUUCUGCUCAGGUUGUGUUGCGAUAUUUGUUACAAAACGGUGUUGUUCCUAUACCGAAGUCUACAAGUGCUCAGCACUUGAAGCAAAAUUUGGAAAUAUUUGAUUUCGAACUAUCAUCGGAUGAUAUGGCAAUACUAGAUGGUUUCAAUACCAAUCAACGAAUGGUUAGACUGAGCCUUCUAAAAGAACACAAAUAUUACCCAUUCAAUAUCCCGUUCUAAAUCGUUUGCAUUCAGGCAUCGGAAAUAAUACAGAGUAAACAUGUGCUAAUCUCAUGCUAUUUCUGCUCUAUCAUUGCGUCUGUUUAUCAUCACUUUU